AUGGCCUCCACCCGUGUCCUCGCCUCGAGACUGGCGUCUCAGAUGGCCACCAAGGCUGCUCGCCCGGCCGCUCGUGUCACUCUUGCCAACACCAGCAAGCGGACCCUGACUGUUGCCAGCAAGUCGUCCCCCCUCCAGGCCGUCAAGCGCCAGCAGAUGUCUUCCAUCAUCAACGCCACCACCCGCCAGGCUUUCACCGUCCAGCGCCGUGCCUACUCUUCUGAGAUCGCCCAGGCCAUGGUCGAGGUCUCCAAGAACUUGGGUAUGGGUGCUGCCGCUAUCGGUCUGACUGGUGCCGGUAUCGGUAUCGGUCUCGUCUUCGCCGCCCUCCUCAACGGCGUUGCCCGCAACCCCGCCCUCCGUGGCCAGCUGUUCUCGUAUGCCAUUCUGGGUUUCGCUUUCUGGUCGAUCGAUAUCGGAACCUGA